AGUUGGUUGAAAUGUCUUGGUUCUACUCUGGGCUUCAUUCAUAAGACAAGAUCUGCUACUGUGCACCGUAACAUAGCAAACGUCCUCCGGCGAACGGACUUUAUGGAUGUAUAUUUGCACGUUUGAUAAGCUCGGAUAACAGAAAGCACUGCGAGGAUUUAACGCUGAACCGGGAGAACUUCUUCACAGACUGAACUGUUAGACCGUCCGCCCGCCCCCCUCUAAACGCGGGGAGCUGGAUUAAGAUUCUUCAUGCAACUUUUUUGGAAAGAGACCAGGAGCAUUUCACCGGGGAAUAGAAACAAGACUUACAGCGGUAACAUCGCUCUCUCUCCGGUAACUACAGGUCCCGCGUUCUCUUUCGGCCCCUCCGGGGAGAUGUACCAAGGAUUUCCCGGCGACCCAGACAGCGGUUCCCGUGGAAGCUCGUCUCCAUCCAUAGAGUCUCAGUACCUUUCCUCCGUGGACUCCUUUGGGAGCCCGCCGACCACCAGUGCUCCACAGGAGUGUGUGUCAGCAAGUGCUGGCUUGAGCAUUGUGGGCAGCGGGCCAGGGACAAGUGGUGGAGGUGAGAUGCCCGGUUCAUUCGUGCCAACCGUCACUGCCAUCACCACCAGUCAGGACCUGCAGUGGAUGGUACAGCCAACCCUCAUCUCAUCCCAGGCCUCUGGACAGAGUGGUUCCACUGGGACCACAACCAUGACCCAACCAGCAUCACUGGUUGACCCAUUUGAUAUGCCAGGUCCGAGUUAUUCUUCGGGGUCUGGAUUCACCCCUCCAAGUUCAGAGACUCCGGGGCCAGCAACCGGCCCCGUCCGUCAGUCCAGAACUCGGACCCGCCGUACACGAGAAGAGUCUGUGAGUGAAGAUGGCGAUGUUGGUGUGUUACUAACACCCGAGGAGGAGGAAAAGAGGCGCGUUCGCCGAGAGAGAAACAAGCUGGCUGCUGCCAAAUGCCGAAAUCGCAGACGAGAACUCACAGACAGACUGCAGUCGGAGACAGAUCUACUGGAGGAAGCAAAGGCAGAGCUGGAGGCAGAGAUCUCAGAGCUACAGAAGGAGAAAGAGCGCUUGGAGUUUGUUCUGGUGGCUCACCAGGCAAACUGUAAGAUCCCGUACCAGGACCAGACUCAGCAGGCCUCAGCACAGCUGCAUCCAGUGCAGUCCCAGCUGCCUCCCCAGGCCUUACAACCUCCUGUCUCCAUUGUGGGCUUGACUGUGAAGGAAGACUCUUUCUAUCUGCCUCCUGCCUACACAGCCCAUCCGGCCUCCACACAUUCCCAGCCUCCGGUUCAGCAGCAGCAGCAGCAGCAGCAGCAGCAGCAGCAAGUCCAGCAGCAGCCCCAGCCUGGAAUAAUGCAGGAGGUAGAGUUUUCUAGUUCUUUUUAUGGCUCAAGUGAGCUGGCACCUGGUGGGCCAUGCCUUAUGGCCAGCGACAGUGGUGGUGGUGGUGUUAACCAUGACGAUGCGGCCAUUGGCAGCUACAACACCUCAUACACAUCUUCAUUUGUGUUCACCUACCCAGAGGGAGCCUGCGGGGUCAGUGCCAACCAGCGGAACAGCAGUAGCGAGCAGUCGUCCGAUUCUCUGAACUCGCCUUCUCUGCUGGCACUCUGACUGACCGACAUACACACGAAUACACAUAUUAGCACGCACACAGAUUAUUCUCGCUGGAAGUAGAGGCUGAAGGAAGUACAUGCACAGUACCAAUCAGUCUCAUAGAUUGAGGAAAAACAAAACCAACAACCAAUCAUUUAUGUCUGAUUGGAUUAAAGUUUACACAUUCUGAAAUGCACCCUAAUAAAGAGCCAUACAAAUAGUUGCACAUUAGUUCUAACCUUUAGCAUUCCAUAUAUUUUAGUUUUGUAUUAAACUUGCAACUGGACAUUACAAGCGAAUAAAAACUGGGUUACAAAACCAAGUCCAUGUUGCCAAUCUAAAGUUCUCUGAUUUAACAGAUUAAUUCACAAUGAAUUCUCUUAUGCUUGUACUCUCACUGAGUAACAUACAACACAAUCACGUUACACUCCAACAAGCACAAAAGCCCCCACCUUGUUCCCUCUGUCGGUUGCCCCUCUUCCAGUGCUCCCAUCCUUUUCCAUGCUUUUCUUCCUCUUGCUGAAUGUAUUUGUGCAAAUCUGAAACAGGGACGAAGGACACUUUGUUCAGAGUCUCUUCUUGUUGGGAGACAGGCUGCCGAGCUCUCGCUCACCUCUAACUGUUCAUCUGCUCGACUUCCCUCUGCUUCUUCAUUCGCUGCUUGGACUUGGCAAGUUAAGGAUCUGAGUAUCACAGCCUCCACUUAAUCUUGUGCUUUCUUUUCUCAUUUUUUAUAUUUUUUAAAAAAAUCUUCUGACGUCUGCCUACCUGCUGUGCGACCCAUCUCUACCCAUCUCUGUUUUCUCCUCUUCUGUCUCUUUCUCCUUCUCUCUGAAGUCUUCGACCCCCGAGAGCCCGAAGACCCCCUCCAGCCCUUGGGACCUUGAGUGAAAGCCGGCUCAACUAACAUGUCCCCUUUGCACCCUGUCAUACAAGGACAUGGACGCAACCCCACCAAAUGGAAGAACCUUUUCUUGGAGCACGUUGCUCAAAUCCUUACAGUGAACAGCAGCUAAAUACUCUGAACAUGCACACAGAUGUAUAAUCAAUGAACACAAAAACACAUGCACACAAAAAGAAAAAAAAAAAAAGCAAGAUGGAUGCCACUGUCUUCUGCUGAGCCAUUUUUCAUGUUGUCCACACAAUGAAGAUUAGACACACCUGUUGCGAGGAUAUAGAGAGACUUAGCAGGAAUUGAGGAAGCAACCAAGGAAGGCUCUGAGGGAGUCUGGAUAGAGGAUGGCUCUCAUCCUAAUGAUGGCUUUUUGUGACAAAAAGUAAAAAAACAAAACAAAGCAACAACAGCUUCUUCUCUUGCCAACUAUGUGGAAGGGUGACCUCAGUAAAAACACCUCCAUACCACAGAGCCUCAUCGCCCUGGGCCUACAUGCGUAUAUUCACACCAUCGCUUUCAACAGCUGAAGAUGUUUGCUGCAGCGCGCCAGCUCAGAGUUUUGCUCAGAAUCAUGCAGAUGUGAACCGAUGCCUUUAUUUAGGGGAGACUUUUUUUUUUUUUUUGUAGUGAUUCAGACAACCUCUAAACACUGGGCUCAGUGGUCUCUGUACUUCCUCUGAUCUCUAUAGCAGGGAUGAGGUGGAGGUGCGUUUAUUGUGAGUGCGUCCACUCUGAGGCACCUGGCCCGUUUAUUUCUUUCUUUAUUGAGGUUGAUGGGGCCAGUGAGCACAAAAGCAAAACCUGGAAACAAAAGGGGAGAACGUGUGGGCUGUUGUUUUGGAGUUAAGCGUCCUUUCCUUUGCCUGUGAAUUUGUAAAAUUUGUUUGUUUUUUUUUUUUGUUUUUUCCCCUGUAUGUUUGAGUGAGAAUUGUUAUAUAUUUUAAUGUUUAUAUUUGUGUGUUUAAUUGUUUUGCAUUGACCUCCGCUUUCUCUUGUACUGUUACUGUUUAUUAUGUUCUGUCGUUUUAAUCGGGAGAUUUCCUCAUAAAUGUUCCUAUUAUAAAUGCAUUGUACACAUUAUCUUAUUGUAUUUUUUCAUUUGGCAACUUUGGAGGCAUCUUGUGCACUACUAAAAAAAAAAAAAUCUUAAUUGUAAGUCCAUAACUAUAUACAUAGAUAAAGGUAACAUGCAUAUAUAUAUAUAACUAUAUAUACCAUGAUUGUAAAGUAUGAAUGUCUGUAGAUCUAAAUGGGAUAUUUUUGUCAAUGAAGAACAAGAUAAAAUAUGAAAAUUAAUAUUUUUCUAAAGCAACAAAAAAAAUUAUAUAUAUAUAUAUAUAAUAUUAUAAAAUUAAAGUACUGCCCUCAACAUGAAGCACGAUAUCACUGCCUCUGUCAAUGUGUAUUUAUGUUUUAUAAAGAAUAUAAAGCACUAUCCGAGUUACAUUCAAUGUAUGUUUAUAAUGAUGAUGUUAGAAGGUUGUGGUAAUGCCUUUGUUUAAUUUUUUUUUUCCUCUGUGAGGUCUGUCCCAAAGCUACUGACACCUUAAUGCCACUUGAGUCUUAGCAGAAAAUGAGGGGGGGAGGGGGGGGGGGGACAAAAAAAGUGUGAUUGAAUGUCAAUGCGCAUAUUAAAAGUAUAAGUGUUCAGAUGACCACAUGACGACUAAACUGUUUUAAUUUUAAGGACAAAGUAUUUUAUACCCGGUACAGGUUUCUGUCCAGUAUAAACAUAUCAUUCAGUAACAUUCAUAUUUCCAGUAAAAGGUGUUUGAAGGAUUACUGCAGUUUUAGCCUUGAUUGAUGGAUGUUAUCAUGUUGAACUGUUGUACUCGACAAUACAUGUUGCUUGUCUGAGAUCUGGAAAAAGAAAAAAAAAAUUGUGAUUGUAUUUGCUGGAUGAAAAGCUUUAUUUUCAAAUAAUAAACCUUUAUUCAAAAAAAA